UGUCGGCUUAGCUGGACAACAGCCUUUCAUGGCCGUAUUUAGUGUACAAGGUUCCAUCUUUCAAUUCUCCCUGAACAUUCACCACCUACGUUCCCCCUUAUACCCUUAUACACUCCUGUCAGCCGCGACAUCGUCGAAAUGCCUCCCCCGAAUCCCGACUGGGUCAAGGCCCUCACGCCCUCGGGCCCCCAAGGAUCAGAGCUCCUUGCCCAGGAGAGAGCUAAAUCAGAUCUCAAUGUGGAUCAGCUUGCCACCUUCUUGUUCACAAGCGAGGUUCUCAAGAGAGACGCGAAGCUUCUGGAGAUUCUCUCAUCUGACCCCGUCUUCGACAAGUCGCAAAACUAUUUCCGUGGCAGGAAAGAGAGAAUCAAGGCCGCUCUUGCAAGGGCAAAGACCUUGAGACAGCUAUCCGUCAAGCACAAUUGGAGCCAGGAUGAGUACCAAGCCGCCAAUGACCUCAUCAGCGAGCCGACCCCGUACGGCCUGCACGCGUCCAUGUUCUUGAAGACCUUGGAAGAACAGGGCACACCGGCGCAGCACAAGCUGUUCCUCGAGCCAGCCCAGCGUUACGAAUACAUCGGAUGCUACGCGCAGACCGAGCUCGGCCACGGAUCCAAUGUCCGAGGCCUGGAGACGACUGCCACUUGGGAUCCUAAGGACAAGACGUUCACGCUUCAUUCGCCUCACCUGACCGCCUCCAAGUGGUGGAUUGGCUCGCUGGGAAAAGCCGCAAACUACGCCGUGGUCGUCGCACAGCUCAUCUUGAACGGCAAGCCGUGUGGCCCGCACCCAUUUGUCGUCCCUAUCCGAGACCUCAAAACCCACAAGCCUCUACCAAACAUCCACGUCGGAGAUAUCGGCCCCAAGUUCGGUUAUAACACCAUGGACAACGGAUUCCUGCUCUUCAACCACGUCAAGAUCCCCCACAUCAACAUGCUUAGCCGAUUCUCAGGCGUCGACCCAGAGACGUCAAAGUACAUCCGGCCAUCUAACCCAGCGCUCAUGUACGGCACUCUGACCUACAUCCGGUCUUCAAUUGUCCUCCAGUCGGGAUCCGUGCUUGCCCGCGGCGUGACCAUCGCCACGCGCUACUGUGCGGUUCGACGCCAGUUCCAAGACCGCGACGCUGCCGAGGGCGAGUCUGGUGAGAACCAGGUUCUCAACUACACCAUGGUGCAGCACCGCAUUCUGCCGUUGCUGGCAGCUUCUUACGCCUUGCAUUUCACUGGCCGCGCCAUGAUCAACCUCUACCAGGCAAACCAGAAACGGAUGGCCCAGAAGCAGGCUGGAAACGAUGCCAAGCGAGCACCUGGUCCGGAGGAGCUCAACCCCGGAAGCGACCUCUUGGCUGAUCUUCACGCCAUCUCGUGCUCGCUGAAGGCUUUCGCGUCCACUACAGCCGCCGAGGGACUGGAGGUGUGCCGCCGUGCCUGUGGCGGUCACGGUUACUCUGCCUUCUCCGGAAUCGGUAGUUGGUACGCCGACUAUCUGCCCACCGUCACAUGGGAGGGCGACAACUACAUGCUCACGCAGCAGGUCGCUCGGUAUUUGCUCAAGUCUGCCCGUGCAGUCCUUGCAGGUAAAGCCGUCGACAACAGCAUCACUCGCAUCUUCAACGAGUUCCUCCGGAGGCAGGAUGUCGGUGCUGCUUUUGACGUCCUCGACAACGACCAGCAUCUUGUCGAUGCCUUUGCCUGGCGGGUUGCUUUUCUGACCUUCGAGGCCCUCAAGCACAGAGAUGAAGACAAGCAGUCUUGGAACAGCCUCCUUAUUGACUUUUGGCGUCUCUCCACUGCCUACGCUCAGUACCAGGUAGUCAAGUACUUCUACGAGGCGCUCCAGGACGACAAGACAAAGGCCGAGCUUGAUCCCAGCACACUGCCAGUGCUUCGCCAGCUGUUCCAGCUGUUCGCGCUGCACUACUUGACAAACCACGCUUCCGAGUUCUUCACCAGCGCCGCCACCAACGUGCGCCAGAUCCAGCUUGCACGCACAAAGCGUACGCUGUCUCUCCUCGAACAGAUCCGACCCCACGCUGUGAGACUGGUUGACGCAUGGAAGUUCCCCGACUGGCAGCUUGAUAGCUCGUUGGGUCGUUACGAUGGUAAGGUGUAUGAGGAUAUGUUCCACCGGGCUUCCGAGGUGAACCCCCUGAAUGAUGUUGUGUUUGACCCUUACCCGAAUUCCGCUGUCUUGUUUAGAGAAGAUGCAAGCGAAGAUCUGAAGGCGAAAUUGUAGUUAUGUGUCCUAUAGAAGUUCCCUUCAGGCUUUUAGACUUUGUAUAGAAAUUUGUUCUCUAAGAUGAAAUAUAAUUGUUUUUCUCAAG